AUGGCCGUGGCACCCAAUCCGGAAUAUUUACAGACUCUACUCGAAACAUUCAAAUGUUUUAUUUGUAUGGAGAAAAUACAAGAUGCACAUUUGUGUCCACAUUGUUCAAAAUUAUGUUGUUACUCUUGUAUGCGCCGAUGGCUUACUGAACAACGAUCUCAAUGUCCACACUGUAGAGCUACAUUGCAUUUACACGAAAUUGUCAACUGUAGAUGGGUUGAAGAUUUAUCCGAUCAACUUGACUGUUUGAACAGUACUGUCAAUAUAGGAAGUAUUAGACAGAGCCAAGAACAAAGAUGUGAAACUCAUAACGAACAAUUGUCUGUAUUCUGCAUGUCAUGCAAUACAACUAUCUGUCAUCGAUGUGCUCUAUUUGACGAUUCAGCCCAUAAUGGUCAUUCAUUCCGACCUGUGGAAGACGUUUAUAAUGAAACAAUAGCACAGUUGGGUGAGAGUUGUAAUCACCUCAAAAUGAAAGAAGAAUUUAAUAAGAAAGACAUUAAGGAACUUGAUAGAAAUAUUAAAGAAGUACAACAAGCCAAAGAGCAAAAAGUUCGAGAAAUACGCACAGCUGUGGAGUCUAUGAUGAUUGACUUAGAAAAAGAUCUGAAUAAUAAACUUACUACUUUAUUAACUCAAAAAAAUCUUCUAGUCAACGAAUCUGAACAAAUAGAGGAAUUUUUGCAUGAUUGUGAUCUUGAAGUAUCUCGUAUGCCAAUGUCACAAUUAAUUAAUAACGCUCCAAGUUUAAAAAGAACUAUUUCUGCUAUGGAUGAUAAACACCCGUUUACAACCCGUAUGUCUGUGUAUCCAGAUUUCCAUAGCGAACUUAUACCAAAGUUUGAAGGAGGUACCUUGAUAAUUAAAUCGUUUUCUGAUAAAAUGAUUCAGUCUGAACCUAUCUAUUCACUUCCGAUUGGUUGCAAUGGUGUUAAUUGGAGACUUAAAGUAUACCCCAAUGGUAAUGGUAUCGUGAGAGAUCGAUAUUUAUCAGUGUUUUUAGAGUUAACUUCUGGGCCAGCUGGAGUAUCUAGAUAUGAUUAUCGUAUUGAAAUGGUUCAUCAACUAGAUGAAAAAAUGAACGAUAAAUCUAAAAAUGUGCUCAGAGAAUUCACAUCAGAUUUUGAAAUUGGUGAAUGUUGGGGAUACAAUAGAUUUUUUAGACUUGAUUUAUUAAUUAAUGAAUCAUUUUUACAUCAAGAUACAUUAAUUUUAAAAUUUGGUGUUCGACCACCAACUUACUAUCAAAAAUGUAGAGAACAACAAUGGUAUUUGUCUAAAUUAGAACUUGAGAGAUCUGCACUCUUACAGCAAUUUGAAGAAUUGAAACAGAAAAUCCCUGCUAAAGUUAAACCUAUUAGUAGAGAAAUUCCGAGUCCAAAGAAAAAGCUUAAAAUUAAAAUACAAUCAUUGUUGGAUGAAUUUGAGUGUGCAGAAGCAACUGGACAUCUCAGGAGUCCAAUCAAAGACCAAGAAGUUCAAGGAGCAUCAUGUGAAACUGCUUCUAAUAUGGUACAUCCGCCAUUAUCAAUACAAACUUUAUAUGAUAAUGAAUUCCAAAAUCGUUAUCAAGGCGAAACUGCCCAGUCUAUGUUUGAGAGACUUAGUCGUCUUUUUGAAGAAUCAGAUAACCCGGAUAGACCCAGUCCUAUGCAUGGGAAUAAUGUCAACAGCAUCAUUCUGGAUAAUAUUGAACAUACAAGUCCAUCAGAUUUUCGUUUGGAAAAUUGUUUAAGAAAAGUGGGAGAAAGUCAAUUAAGUUCACCUAACAAAUUAAGGGUUUCUGAAAAUUCACAAAUGGUUAAUAAAAUUCAUUAUGAAAUAACUGAAGCAAAAUUUCGAUUGAAAAAAUUGGAAAAUGCUAUGCGUAACUCUCAACCAGUUUCAGAAUCUUCUAGCGAGGUGGCAAGUUCAUCAGAUCCAAUAAAUCUAAGAAUGUCUGAAAAUGGACUUGAGGAUUUGUCUCGUCAAACUAUGAUAGUUCGUGGAUUACAUAACCCCAUAUUAAAUAAAAAUGAACAACCUGUAACUCAAGAAACAACCAAUACAAAUUUAUCAAAUAGGUUUUUAGAUAUGUCAGAUAUAUCUGAUGACCUUGAAGAUAUAAUCAAUUCCGUUUUUGUAGACAACGCCUAUAUAGAUAACUGGGAAGUUAAUCAGAGCUCCUCCGCUGAAGAAGUACAAAGUCCCAACAAUGAGUCAUUAUGUCCUGAUCAUCUGACCAGAGAUGAAUGA